AUGCCACCCAUCGCUUCCGACAAAGACCUCCCUAAAUUGCUCGAAACACCCACAAAACAAGUCAAAUGGGUAAAAAAGCUGGCCCUCAAGCAUCUGGGUAGUGUUUUCAAGCACAUCGACAGGCCUCCUAUGCAGGGAAUGUUUAGUCGGACCUUCAUGUUGGUAUUGGCAGAUGGCCGUGAGGUGGUGCAACAAUUUCGCACUGAGCCUCUCGACCUAGACGCUUUCAAGAUUGCGAAGAAGGAUUUCGAUCCAGUAGUACCUGAUUCCAUAGCUUUGGAAGACGAGGACCUUGUCAGCGAGGGAGUUAAGGCGUAUUCAUUUACUCGUCUCUAUGGGAAGAUGUGGCUUCACGGAAUUGCUGGCAAGGGUGCAAAGGGUCGAAUUGCUAUAAACAAAUCUCUUGGUCGCGCUUUGUCUAAAGGUUGUCUUGACAACAGCAGCGAUGAGGCCGUGAAAAUCCGUGUCAGAUCUCACCUUGAGACCCUCUUAGCGUCGCCACUAGAGGACGUCAAUCCGUACCGACAUCAGCUUCAAGGUUUUCAUGACAAGCUAGAACAGCUGAAACAGCUCCCACUAUGGGUCGCUCACUAUGACCUGAACGAAGUAAACGUUCUAAUCGAUGAGGAAUGCAGUAUCACUGGUUUGAUCGACUGGGAGCUUUCUACACCUCUGCCAUUUGGGGUCAGCUUCGGUCGCAUCCACACCUAUGCUGGCGAAUAUACGGGUGGGGAAUUAUGGGUGCCUGAUGAAUUUGUGGAUGCAGAACGAGCUUUCUGGAACGAGCUGUUUAAAGGAAUGCCGGCAGAAACUCGUGACAAACUGGAAAAACAGCUUGACCUUGUCCAGGAUGCCGUUAUUCUGGAAACCCUUUUAUAUUGCCUGUCUUUUGAACAGGGGAAGGUUGUUAUUGGCUCGGUUUCUAAGACGGCUCUUCCUAAGCCUCUUACUUAUCGAAUACCUUUUGUAAGAGGGGACGAGCCCCCGUAA